UUUAAUGUAUACACACACUUUCAACCCCACCAUUUUUCAGUGAGGCUUUCGGAAAAAAGAAAGAAAGAAAAUAAGAGGAGUAGCCGAGCGGAAGAAGGCCGAGGCAGCGGAGUCGACGGAGACGCCAGUACGUAAUACCGAUUUCAUACCGAUCUACCGAUUGCCAAAAUACGAACGGAUCACCACCUGCGCACACGCUCACACAUCACGCAGCUUUGAGGUUAUGGCGACCGGUAUCGAAGCUCGUCCUUCAAUAUCAAGACUCAUGGAUGCUGCCCUCUAGUUCGGUCGAUGCAGACUCGCGCUCAGCUGGCCAAACAGAUGCAAGGGACGACGACGAGGCGACGCUCUGAAUCGCGGGCGGCAUCAUCCGGUGCUACCUCUCCGCAGCUGAAGGAGCGGAGGAGGACGACUACGACCAGGAACACCAAUACUUCAGCGGGCUCGAAGCAGCUCUGGUCUUCGAGAUGAGCUAUGAAGGAAAAGUCGCGCUUGUUUCUGGCCUGCCUGCUGGUGCUCGCCUUUCAUACGCAUCUGUCGCCGCGGCGAAGCGGCGAAGAAGCCGUCGCCGCCACUGGCGCCCUGGCGCUUCCACCGGUCAUCAAAAUUGGUGCCAUUUUUACUCAUGACCAAAGAAAUAGCAGCACUGAGCUGGCCUUCAAGUACGCCGUGCACAAGAUUAACAAGGACAGGAUCGUACUGCCGAACACGACCUUGAUGUACGACAUACAAUACGUACCCAAGGACGACUCGUUUCACGCAUCAAAAAAAGCCUGUCAGCAAGUCAAAUACGGCGUGCAGGCGAUCUUCGGGCCGGCCGACCCAGUCCUGGGCCAGCACAUACACAGCAUCUGCGACGCCCUGGACAUACCGCACCUCGAGGCCAGGCUGGACCUGGACCAGGAGACUAGGGAAUUCAGCAUUAAUCUGUAUCCAGCACAAAGUCUGCUGAACGCGGCGUUCAGAGAUGUCAUGAAUUAUCUUAAUUGGACGCGGGUCGCCAUCGUUUACGAGGACGACUACGGUCUGAUUAAACUUCGAGAUCUGGUUAAGCAGCCGAAAAAGUCGCCCGAGCAGGAGAUAUACCUGAGGCAGGCCGACGUAGACACUUACAGGGCUAUACUGUCGGAGAUCAAAGCCAAGGAGAUACGGAAUCUCAUUGUCGACACCAAGCCCGAGAAUAUGCAUCACUUCUUGCGAAUGAUUCUCGAGAUGCAAAUGAACGACUACAACUAUCACUACUUUUUCACGACGUUCGACAUCGAGACGUUCGACCUCGAGGACUUCAAGUACAAUUUCGUCAACAUCACGGCCUUUCGACUGGUCGACGCCGACGACGUCGGGGUGCGCGGCAUCCUGCGCGACAUGGAGAAAUUCCAAUCGGCCGGCAAUCUGCUCAACAGAUCUCACGUCAUACAAGCGGAGCCAGCGCUGAUGUACGACAGCGUGCAGGCGUUCGCCGUUGGUCUGCGCACCCUCGAGCACUCGCACUCGCUGCGCCCGAUGAACAUAUCCUGCGAGCUCGAGCAUCCCUGGGACGGCGGACUAUCCCUCAUCAACUACAUCAACUCGGUGGAAAUGAAAGGACUAUCCGGUCCGAUUGAAUUCAAAGAGGGCCGCAGGAUACAGUUCAAGCUGGACCUGCUCAAGCUGAAGCAGCACUCGCUCGUGAAGGUGGGCGAGUGGAGGCCCGGCCUGGGCAUCAACGUCACCGAUCGCACGGCCUUCUUCGAGCCGGGCUUGACCAACGUCACUCUGGUGGUCAUCACGAUUUUGGAAACACCGUACGUGAUGAUGCACCGCGACAAGAAGCACACGGGCAAUUCACGCUUUUACGGUUUUUGCGUCGAUCUGCUCGAGAUGGUGGCGCAGAAGCUCGGCUUCGCUUACGAGCUGGAGCUCGUGCCCGACCAGAAGUACGGGGCUCCCGACCCCGUGACCGGCGAGUGGAACGGCAUGGUCCGGGAGCUCAUGCGACAUGAACAGCCGUACGUAAUGCUGCGGACGCGCGGCAAUCACAGCGGUAACGAUCACUACGAGGGUUUCUGCAUCGAUCUGCUCAAGGAAAUAGCGCGUAUGGUUGGUUUCACCUACAAAAUCGAGCUCGUGCCAGACGGCAAGUACGGCGUGUAUAACUACGAGACCGGCGAGUGGAACGGCAUCGUCAGGCAGCUCAUGGAUAAGAAGGCUGAUCUGGCGGUCGGCUCGAUGACGAUAAACUACGCACGCGAGAGCGUCAUCGACUUUACCAAGCCAUUCAUGAACCUCGGCAUAUCCAUCCUGUUCAAGGUACCGACUCGACAUCAAGCUCGGCUCUUCUCCUUCAUGAACCCUCUAGCCAUCGAGAUCUGGCUCUACGUCCUCGCCGCCUACAUCCUCGUCUCGGUGACGAUGUUCGUCGUGGCGCGCUUCAGCCCCUACGAGUGGAACAAUCCUCACCCCUGUCACAGCCAGGGUCCCGUGGAAAUAGUGGAGAAUCAGUUCUCGCUCGCGAACAGCUUCUGGUUCACGAUUGGGACUUUGAUGCAGCAGGGCAGCGAUCUCAAUCCCAAGGCUACGAGCACUCGUAUCGUCAGCGGUGUCUGGUGGUUCUUCACCCUCAUCAUCAUCGCCUCGUACACUGCCAAUCUGGCGGCUUUUCUCACGGUCGAGCGCAUGAUCACGCCGAUCGAGAACGCCGAGGACUUGGCCGGACAGACGGAUAUAUCUUACGGGACUUUGGACAGCGGCAGCACCAUGACCUUCUUCCGCGACUCGAUGAUCGAGACCUACAAGAAGAUGUGGCGCUUCAUGGAGAAUCGCAAGCCGUCGGUCUUCGUGCCGACCUACGAGGAGGGCAUCAAGCGCGUGCUGCAGGGCAACUACGCCUUCCUCAUGGAGUCCACCAUGCUGGACUACAUCGUCCAGCGGGACUGCAACCUGACGCAGAUCGGCGGCCUACUCGACAGCAAGGGCUACGGCAUCGCCACCCCCAUGGGCUCGCCGUGGCGCGACAAGAUCUCCCUGGCCAUACUCGAGCUGCAGGAGAAGGGCGAGAUACAGAUACUGUACGACAAGUGGUGGAAGAGCCCGAGCGACACCUGCAUGAGGAACGACAAGGGCAAGGAGAGCAAGGCCAAUGCCCUCGGCGUCGAUAACAUUGGGGGUAUCUUCGUGGUUUUGCUCUGUGGCCUGACGUUCGCCACGCUCAUAGCCAUCUUCGAAUUCUGCUACAAUUCCAAAAGAAACGCACCGCCGGAAAGCGAACACGCGAGCCCGAUACCAGGCACCACGUCGUGCUCGGGUUCCCUGCAGGGCAUCUCUCAGGUAAUCGAUGCGCAGCAGCAGCAACAAGAGGUCGCCGAGCUGCAGCAACAGGAGCAGGAGUCCCUGUGCUCGGAGAUGGCUCGUGAAUUCUGCCGAGCCAUGCGCUGCUUCGGCGGUGGCGCCGGAGGAGGCAGUGGCAGCAGCCGAGCCGCGCGCCGGCGCAAAAAGAAGCAGAAGGACAGCUGCGAAAAGUGCUCGACCCACGUGCCAGGCUACCCCGUCGACACCUCCACUCCUAUACCGAUCAAUGGCGUUCGAUCGCAGAGAAGUAGCCUGGGAAUGGAGGGAUCGCCUCACAUACACAUGCAUCGGCAAACACCCUCGCCGGAUUACGAGAAUUAGAGGAGAUCGUCACGCGAUUGUUACGGAAAAGAUUUAAAACUAUAUUAUCCUUCAAGAAAUCGAGAAAAAAAAAUUAACAUAUAUUAAAUGUUGUUUAAUUAUAAAUACAUGUCUGCACACGAAUUAUCGAUGCAAUACCGAUAAAGGUGAGAAACCGCUACCAGGUUGAAAAAUUUUAAAUUUCCAUAACUCGACUUCUGUGCUGAAUAUUUUUCGCUUAAUGGUGUACCCCCUCAAAGACCGUUACAACAGAUGUCAUUAUAUAGAGCCGUUGUUAUGCGAGCCAAAAUAUUCAGUAUACGAGUCUCAGAAAACUGGUUUUGAAAAUUUUCAUUUUUACACCCUGUCGUGUCUCGCGGCAUUCUCUCUUAGUAUAAAAAAAUCACGAUAUAAAAAUGUGCGCGUAUUCGAGAGACCGCGUGCGUGAUAUAUAAUGUUGAAAAAAACGAGAUUGGUGUGAACGUUUUUUUUUACCCGAAACAAGAAAUAAUUACGUUUUAUCUAAUUAUGAUGUAACUGCGAAUCGUAUGUCAAUUUUUUCAACGAUCAGAGGAGGACGAUGAAAAUCCGAGGCUGUCAAUUGGCACCGAAUUAUUAUAUAUGCUAGCCGAUAUUGUAAUAGACAAUUAUUAUUAAAUAUUAAAUUUUCAUUGAACUUAUUCAUUGUAGUUUUCCUUCUUUUACCUCAAUGAUAUCUAUACGUACAUUUUGCAAUCUUUUUUAACACCAGUCGAUAAAGCAAACACCUACAACCUGUGGGAAGUAAUCAUUAUAUAUUUUCUUUUUUUUUUUUUUUUUAACAAGUAUAAAAUCUCACUGAGCCAAUAAGUCAUGAGAUAUUUAUUGAGUCUUUACUUAUCGACGUGAAAAAUGUUUACCUGUAUUGAUAAUAAAGAACAGAGUGGAUAUUGACAUUUUUAUAUAACAUCAUUUAUUAAGGGAUAAAAUAAAUGAUUAAUAACAUAUCACUUAUAUAUGAAACUAUAACAUUUCUUAAAGUGUUCAUUAUUAAUUUACGAUAUAAAAGAAAUCACAUCACAUAUACAACCCUCCCCACACAUGGCGAUGGUCACACUUCGCUCAAAGCGUCAGCGAAGAAAAACUUAUACGAGAAACAUUAUUACAAUUAAUAAUUAAAAAAUAUAAAAAAAUAAUACAAAAUCACACUGCGUAGCUUUUACAUAAUGAUUCAAUAUAUACGUGUUUUUUAUCUAUAUCUUCUCGCGCUCUCUCGGUGUCGAGUUCGUACUAGCGAACUCGCGCGUUCACCGAUGAGCGGCUAUACAAUAAUAAACGCAACGGAGAUGUUGAGUUUUGUUACUUAGGCGCAAGAAGCGACAAAUUACAAUAUAUAAGUAUACUUCACAAUAAAUAUUAGACGAUUUUUUUGUUUCUUUAUAAUUCAUACAGAAAAGAGAGAGGGAAUAAAGUCUUCGAUCCCUAACGCUUCGAACCAGUAUUACAACGAACCAAUCAUGUCUUUUUGCCCUCUCGUACAGUUUUUAAUUUAUGUAUUUUGUUUUCGUUCUCAUCGUUUC